AAUGGAACAUAGCAUCAUACUCAGAAACAAGAACAUAAACAAGAUCAGACAUUAAGCAUGGAAAGGAUCAAAACCUUAGAGCGCAUUGUCGUAAUCCCUUCUCAGCCUCCCUUCCUUCAGGACCACUCACUCCCUCUCUCCCACCUCGACACCGACCCCAACCUUUACCUCACCUUUCGCUACCUCCGCGUGUACACUUCAACCGCUUCACCUACCUCCCUCGACCCCUUCAACGUCAUCUCCUCCUCCCUCUCCAACGCCCUCACCCAAUUCUACCCCCUCGCCGCCACACUACGCCGCCGCCCAACCUCCCCCCACCGUCUGGAACUCUGGUGUGCCGCUGCCCAGGGCAUCCCCCUCGUCCGCGCCGCCGCCGAUUUCACUCUCCACUCCGUCAACCACCUGGACGACCCGGCCUCGCCUCUCGUGGAGCAGUUGGUGCCCGACCCGGGUCCCGAGGAGGGGCUGGAGCACCCCUGCAUACUCCAGGUGACGGUCUUCGCGUGCGGCGGGUUCGUCCUUGGCGCCGCCAUGCACCAUGCGCUAUGCGACGGCAUGGGGGGCACGCUGUUCUUCAACGCGGUGGCGGAGCUGGCGCGCGGGGCCACGCGGAUGACGGUGGAGACGGUGUGGGAGCGUGAUAGGCUAUUGGGUCCCAGAAAGCCGCCAAGAGUGGAUUCACCGUUGAUCGAUGAGUUUCUGCGUUUGGAAAAAGGAGUUCUGCCGUACGAGGAGGGCGUUGGCGGGGUUGCGAGAGAGUGCUUUCACGUGAAGGAUGAGUGCUUGCACAUGUUGAAGAGAUCCUUGUUGGAGCAAUCCGGGUUCAACUUCACCGUUUUUGAGGCUCUCGGUGCCUACAUUUGGAGAGCCAAGGUGAUGGCCUCUGGAAUUCAGGGGGAGGAGAAGGUGAAGUUUGCAUACUCAAUCAACAUACGGAGAUUGGUAAAGCCAGCACUCCCUGGUGGGUAUUGGGGCAAUGGUUGUGUGCCAAUGUACGUAGUGUUGAGUGCGAAGGAGUUGACAGAGAGACCCAUCUGGGAAACUGCAGAGCUAAUAAGAAAGAGUAAAAGCAAUGUGAGCGAUGAGUAUGUGCGGUCCUACAUAGAUUAUCAGGAGCUGCAUUUUGGUGAUGGGAUCACAGCAGGAAGAGAUGUGAGUGGGUUCACUGAUUGGAGGCAUUUGGGCCACUCAGCUGUGGACUUUGGGUGGGGAGGCCCAGUUACUGUUUUGCCGCUUGGAAGGAACCUGCUUGGGAGUGUUGAGCCUUGCUUCUUUUUGCCUUAUUCAACUGCCUCUUCUCAGAAUAUAGAGGGCUUCAAAGUUUUGGUCACUUUGAGACACUCUGCAUUACCAGCUUUCAGACAAGCCAUGCAAGUCUUUUCCACUACCCAAGACCACUGGCCCAGUCACAUAUAGAAAGUUUAAGAGUUAUACAAAAUCUUCUUGAAACA